AUGAGGGACGACUUAGCUACCGAGACUGUGAAGCCGCCUGCAGUUCACCUGAGCUCAAGUUUGAAAGAUGUAGGCAUCUUCUUGCAUGAGUUUCAACCACAACUCGCUUUGCGACAAGGUUACAAGAAAAGCUCAUCCGCGCAAAAUUGCCUGGCCAUAAGCCACAACCACAUUUUCGCAGCACAAGUUGGGAAAGCUGUCGUCAAUGUCUACAACAGAGCCAAAAGUAACCAGGAAGCGACGGUCCCACUUCCGCAGAAGAUCUCGAGCUUAGCUUAUGCCGCCGAAGCUGCAGUACUGGUUUUGGGUACACAAGAUGGAAAGCUCAUGCUAUGGGAGACUGCGACGGGCAGAGUUACCACAUCUUCUGCAUCGCACAUCGAGGAAGUGACAUCUCUAGCGAUAGCUUCGGAUGGCAAUCAUAUCUUGUCCGCAUCUCCGGACUCGACUGUCCAUGUCUGGUCAAUAAAGAACCUAGUAUCGAUGGGGGAGGCGGAAAGCUCAUUCUUGACGUCGACAGCCAAGCAGGAUCCUGUUUCUACCUUUUCUCAACACAGAUCAGCUGUUCGAGCACUGGCGGUGAGUCAUUCACACCAAGUUAGCACUACUUUCGUCGUUUCAGCUUCAGAAGACAGGACGUGUUACGUCUGGAACCUGGCAAAUCAGCAGAUACUGCGGACCUUCUUGCUAGCCCAAGCCCCACAAUGUGCUACUCUUGAGCCUGGGGAUAGAGCUGUAUACUUUGGUACGGAAGAAGGAGGCGUGCAGCAAAUUGACCUUCUCACACAACAAAGCAACCCGGCCUCGUCUAUUCUUGACAAUGAUGCGCGAAUCGCCAGCAAUGCCUUUCAACUGACCCCAACAGAUGUAUUCUCCAGCAACCAGGGCGCUGAAACAGGACCAGCACAAUGCAUUGCAAUCAGCUACGACGGCACAAGACUGCUUACCGGACACUACUCUGGCAAGAUAGUUCUCUGGGACGUGCCAAAGCGUCGCCAGCUUGGUGAUGUGCCUGGCUUAUCAGGUCAAUCUGUUACGAACAUACAUCUCUUGCAACCCGAUGGUUUCGCAAUAAAUGGACCAAGAUAUUCGAUACAGAAUGUCGUCAAACCACGUCUUGAACUCAAUAGUUCGGUCAAUCACGAUGCAUCAUUAGCCAUCCCUGCCGAUUACACAUUUCAGGCCCAGAUUAUGUCAAGCCAGCAAGAGUUAUUGGACGAGAUCGACCUCGCCAUGAUAUCUUCUUCAAUCCCGCAAUCAAUGCUAGAUGCCGCAGUACAAGCCUUGCUGAGACACAAAACUUCAGGCGGACAAUCGAAGAAUGAGGAUUCAUCUGACUCGGGCCCUAGCAGUUCCGAUGUUUACAAAGUCGAAGUCAUGGAGAAGGAACUAGCUUCACUGAAAGCGCAAGCCGCAGAGCACGCAAGGCUUGACCAAGAGCGAUUCGAGAGGCACAUGGCUCGAAAGAUUAAACGGGAAGCUAUUGGUCUCGAGAAGCGACAAGCUUUCUUUGUGGCGAAGAAAGCUGGAAAGAAUGGUGACGAAGCCAUGAAGCCAUAUAUGCAGCGUGAGAAAGAGAUCGAUGCUGAAAGCGAUGAAGAAGUAAUUGCUCGGAACCCAAAGAGCAAUGGUCAACAUGCUGACUCUGACGUUCCGAUGAAAGGAUGA